AUCCAAAUAUAUAAAAAUACCAUCUACCUAUCUAUCUAUCAAUCACCACCUUUGAAAUAUAUAUAUAUAUCCAUAAUCCAUACCCACAGCUUCCUCACUUUUCAAAGAGAAAAGUUAAUAUCAACAAUGCCAGAAUACACAACCACCCGCCCUACAAAAUCUUCUCUCCUCAUUCCUAAGAAACGUCCUCUCAAAAAACCUCCAACCACAAAAUUAUCCAAGAAUUAUUCUACGGAGAAAUACAUACCGAGUCUAUAUUUCAUAUCUUCAUCUUCAUCCGCAGAACAAGACUCUAAUCCCAAAACCACGAAUGAAGGGAAAAAAGCUGCUGCUACAACAACAGAGCUCAACUUCUCCCUCCCGCCGCAGCCGUUUCUUGACCCGGGGUGUUGGGAGAGGAUUCGUUCAGUAUCUUCUUCUUCUUCUUCUUCUUCUUCUUCGAGAUUAGGUGGUGAGAGUGGAAGUGGAAGUAGGAGUGGGGGUGUCAUGCAGUUAAAUGAGAGGGAGAAAGAGGAAGAGAGAAGACGGAGGAGGGCGAGGGAGGCGGAGUAUGGGGGGAUGGCUGUUCGGGGAAGACUUAAAUGAUUCAUAUUUCUCUCUUUCACAUUCUUCUUCUUAUGUUUUCGUUGUGGAUCGGUCUACUAUUGUGUAUGGAGUUGUCGGUACUUAUCACUGUGGAUAUAGUUCUAUGAUAUGUAUGAUAUUUCUUAUUGAUUUAGGUAGGUAAGAUUGGUGGCAUCGUGUAUGUAGUUGCAUAAUUCAUCAGUAAGUAAGGUGUGGUAUGGUAUCUUCAUCAUCA